AUGAAAUCCUUUAAUGAUUCAUCAAUUAAUGAGUGUAAUAAAAGCAUAAUAUCUUUAUACUAUCGUCAUGCAACAUCAAAGCGAAAUUCAUCAUAUCCAUUUAUUAGUGGUGAUACAUUUCGUGCAUUCGCUGAUUAUAUAGUUGAUGAAACAAGACGAGAUAAUUUAAAAUCUGUCAAACAUGGUGAUAUUGUGUUUAUUAAAGGGGAUAGCUUAAAACUAUUUUUUCUUCGAUCAUAUCCAUUAAUAAAGAAUCCAUUUAUUCUUGUUUCUCAUAACAGUGAUGCUUCUGUACCACGUGAAUAUGUAAAUAAAUUAGAAGACAAAAAUAUACUUGCUUGGUAUGCUUCAAAUCCGAAUGUACGAAAUCAUCCGAAAUUAUUUCCUAUUCCUAUCGGAUUAGCUAAUGGGCGUUGGAAAACGGGUAAUCUUGAUACAUUGAAAUAUGGACUUGAAAAGUAUCGAAAACCUUGGUCAAAACGUACAACUUUAUUAUAUGUUAAUUUUAAUAUUGAUACCAAUAAGAAACAACGUCAAGAAGCACUUUCACAAGCAAAAAAAAUUCAAAAUGUUCUAAUUAUACGAAAAAGAAUUUUAUUUAAAACUUAUGUAGAACAAAUUGGUAAUGCAAAAUUUGUUUUAUCACCACCAGGUGAUGGACUUGACUGUCAUCGAACAUGGGAAGCACUCAUAAUGGGUGCAGCACCAGUUGUUUUUUCAUCUGAACUUGAUCCAUUAUUCAAUAAUAUACCAGCAGUUAUCGUAACACAAUGGUCAAAUUUGACAGAAAAUUUGUUAUUGUCAUACAACUUUUCUUCAUAUGAUAAUUUAAUACCUUCUAUCUUAUUCGCUCGACAUUGGCGUGAAAGACUUUUAAAGUAUCGUCAUAAAUAG